UCGCAGAGGCUAUUCCGACAGCGGGUUUGGCUCAUCUCCGGUAGAGUAAGACGGUUGGGCAGUCCCACAUUUCAGCGUCUUCCGUCGGGAAUUACAUAAAGUUCAGGCACCAUGUCUCGAAGGUAUGACUCCAGGACCACUAUAUUUUCUCCAGAAGGUCGCUUAUAUCAAGUUGAAUAUGCCAUGGAAGCCAUUGGACAUGCUGGUACCUGUUUGGGAAUUUUAGCAAACGAUGGUGUUCUGCUUGCAGCGGAAAGACGCAACAUCCACAAGCUUCUCGAUGAAGUCUUUUUUUCUGAAAAAAUUUAUAAACUCAAUGAGGACAUGGCUUGCAGUGUGGCAGGCAUCACUUCUGACGCUAACGUUCUGACUAAUGAAUUGAGGCUCAUUGCGCAAAGGUAUUUAUUACAGUACCAGGAGCCGAUUCCUUGUGAGCAGCUGGUUACUGCACUGUGUGAUAUCAAACAGGCUUAUACACAGUUUGGAGGAAAACGUCCCUUUGGUGUUUCAUUGCUGUACAUUGGCUGGGAUAAGCACUAUGGCUUUCAGCUGUAUCAGAGUGACCCUAGUGGAAAUUAUGGGGGAUGGAAAGCCACAUGCAUUGGAAAUAACAGUGCUGCAGCUGUGUCAAUGUUGAAACAAGACUAUAAAGAAGGCGAAAUGACUUUGAAGUCGGCACUUGCUUUAGCUAUCAAAGUGUUAAAUAAGACCAUGGAUGUUAGUAAACUGUCUGCUGAAAAAGUGGAAAUUGCCACCCUAACACGAGAGGGUGGAAAGACGGUGAUCAGAGUUCUCAAACAAAAGGAAGUGGAACAGCUGAUCAAAAAACAUGAGGAAGAAGAAGCUAAAGCUGAGCGUGAGAAGAAAGAAAAGGAACAGAAGGAAAAGGAUAAAUAGGAGGGAGAAUCAGGGAUUUUGUGACUCAUUUGGGCACCACUUCAGUGUAAAAGCGUCCUAAGCUUCCUCCCUGAGAAGGCUUUUUUUAAACUUAUGCCUCAGGGAAAUAGGACAUUGCGUACUGAAUUGGGUCCUGUUCAUUUCUGUCUAAUUGAAUACUUUAUUGUAAUGAUGAUUACUCUAUGGACAUUUUAAUCUCACACACACACACCCCUCUCCGCCCCCUU